AUGGAGGACCUUUCCGCCGACGAUGACAUCCUCUCGGACGUUCUGCUCGACAACCUCGAGUUCGAGCCUGCCAUCUCUACGCACAAGAUGAAUCCGAGUUACCGAGGUCACCGCUUUGAUCGCAAUGCCGUCAGUCUCAUCGUCCGCAAGCGCGUCGUCGUGGAAAAGGACAUCACGGCCGCUAUCGAAGACCUCAGCAAACUUGGCAACAUCCAGAAAUACCUCAACAACAAAACACAACGCCAAAUAGCCAGCUUUCACGCCCAUGCACGACGCUAUCUCGAAAGCUACCUUCCCGAAAGCGGCGUCGAAUUCGCCCUCACCACACGCUACAAGCGCGUCAUGAUGGAAAAGGCUGGUCGGGCACCUGGCGUAGACGCAGAGGCUUCUACGUCUGCAGUCAAGCUCGAAGAUGCGCCUGCCUCUCCGGAAAAAGACUCGGCAGAGGAGAGAGGCAAAAGUCGUGCCAGGGGGAGAUCGUCGCUCGACCGUGCUGCCACCAGCAUCGGUGCAGCACCCGCCGCAUCGGAAAAGGCCGACCUCUGCGUCUUGGCCAUGCGCACGUUCAAACCCGGCGAGCUCAUCAACUUUUGCAAGGGUGGCCUCAAGGAUCUCACCAAAAGCGAAGACGAUGCACUGCGCGAGGAAGCCACCGCCUCGCGCGAGAAACGCAAAGAUGCCGAAUACAAAGGCGUACUUGGUCCAGGGCGCGACUUCUCCGUUAUUCGAUCCGCGCGAAAGGGUUGCAGUCAGCUGCUGCUGGGACCAGCGAGGUUCGUCAACCACGAUUGCAACCCGAACACCGAGUUUUACCGCAUGGGCGCCACCAUGGUCUUCAAGGUGAUCCGACCCAUCCAUCGAAACGAGGAAAUCACCACCUUCUAUGGCGAAAACUACUUCGAAUGGGGCAAUUCCGAAUGCAUGUGCGCCACGUGCGAGUCUCGGGGCACAGGAGCCUUCUCCGAUCCAUCCGUGCCUCCGCCGGUGGAGCCCUCGCAGCACUCUGAGGGCGUGGAGGUCAAGGUCGAGGAAACCUCUUCGGCCGGUACGUCGAAAGACGCCAACGGGCGGCGACAGUCACGGCGCUCGAGUCGUCCGGCAGGCGCAUCCUCUGCAUUACCAUCGCCCUCGCCAACGCCAUCCUUAACACCUUCUCUACCCAUAGUGAGCGUAGACGACCCAGCCAGGGACAAGAAGUCGAAACGAGAUUACCUCGCAGACCUCAAGCUUGCAGAGCAUGGACCUUCGGAGGACCGUUCGGAUCCAUGGGCGGAAGGUGCCGGACCCAAAUGCCGUUGCCUCACGUGCGGAGCUACGUUCUGGGCUCCGGAGAAAUGGUGGACGCCAGACGAAUGUCCACGCUGCGAACGCCAUUACAAGAUCUUCAAGGCGGAUUGGCCCGGCCGGGUGCCGACCGAGGGUGCUCUGGCAAGAAAAGCUGGCGUCAAGCGCAAGACUAGUUCCGAAUUGAUGUCUGACCACCUUGCGAGCACGGCAUCGCCAGCACGAAACGGAAAGGAGCGCUCCUUGACCCCGACCGACGUCAAGGCUAAUGUCACCCCAAAGGCGCAAAAGAAGCCGCGGCCCAGCAAAGCUGCCGCUGGCAGUGCUACACCUGGAAACAGCGCAGCAACACCUAGAAAGCCUGCCGCGCUUCCUGCCAAGGUCGACCUCGGAAAGAGCGUCAAGCAAGAACGACAGGAUGAAGCGGCCGUUGCUCAAUCUCUCGCUACACCUCCACCGAAGAAAGUAGGCAGCUCCGUGGCGACAGCAAAACCCUCGGGCAAGUCGGAGAGUACGUACGAUCUCGAUUCAGACGAUUCCGACCUUACCCCAGAGCCAGAGUCGGAGCAAGGCGACGCUCUCAAGGCAGUGGACGACGAAGACGAUGAGGACCAAGGACCCCGACCCAUCUCUGCUGCUGCUCGGCCGCAGACGGACCAAGGAGAACGCUCCUCAUCGAGUUCGAGCCCCGGGCCGCCAGGUCCGAAGAUGCUCGGCAAAAACGCAAAGACGGAUGUGUUGGCCCAAUAUUGGGGAGCUGUAGAAGGCGAUCGACGCGCGCGCAGAAAGGCUCCCGUCAAUCCCGGCCCGACUCUGUUGGCCGCCAGAAGCUCAUCCCAGGACUUCACUCAUAAGCCUGCAGAGCGUCGUUCCAGCUUCCGUGAGACCAGCAUGGACGAGCACGCCGUCCCUAAGCUAAAGCGGCGCCUUGUAGCUGAGUCUGCGUCCGAUGCCGAAGAAGCGGCAUCGCAGCCAUCGGCCACUCCACGUCCACUUCCUGCCGUAGCAGCAUCCAAGCACCGCAAAACUUCGAGCAUGAAUGACGCUUCGUUUGCACAUAUGCGUGCCAAAUCCGAGGUCCGACCAUCGCCAGAUCGACUUACGCCAACAUCGGCGGUCAGUGCAGCCUCGCCGGCCCCUUCAGCCAAGACGGCACCAUCAGCAUCCGCGCCACCGCCAAAGACAUCGGCGGGCAACAUGCCGGGAUUGGCCACAUCGGGCGUCGAGCGCACGUCAGAGUCCAAUCUGGCUCUCUUCUGGUCAGCGGGUGUAGGAGGUACGAGAAAUCGACGUCAGGUGCAGAGGGAGCCGCAAACGGUGCUUAUCCAGACCGUGCCGUCCAAGCGGUCGAGGAACGCCUCCGAGUCGAGCCGAAGCCGUACACCAGAGGUGAAGAAGCCACGCGGCAGGUCACAGGCCCUCAAUGGAGAGGACGAAGGUAGCGGCCGGGAGCAAACUGCGCGAUCUCGCUCUUUGGCUGCGUCAGACGGUGGCUCCAAGGAGACGAGUCCGGAGAACAGCGACAUGGAGGACGACGAUCGAGACGACGAUGAAGAGGACGGCGUAUCGCCUAUGAGGCCGUACAUGUUUUCAGCCAUCAGCAAAGCGUUGCAGUCCAACGGAGGUGUCGACACCGCUGGAGCUCUGGACUCGAAAGGACCGCUUCUUCCGUCUGCACCAUUGUUCCGGCCUCCUGGAAUGAUUCGUCCUGACCUCGCAGCAGCAGCGGCUCGAUCCAACUCUCCGCUCGCUGGACCGCCACGUGGCGCCUCUGGACAGCCAAUGCGUAAGAAUCUUCGCUGGGGUAGCGGCAAAUCAUCUUCGAGCCGCCCUUUGGGUCCGAAUGGAAGCCCAGUGGCCCGAUCUCCCAGUCUCAAUGGCAGUCCAGUGACCUUGCCGCCACAGCGACCUGCGGACGAUGGCAAAAAUCUACCGCCUCGUACUCUGACCGCACCACAGAUCGGUCACGGCGCUUCUUCACCGUCAAAUCCGCUGAUCCCUCCUGUUCAGAGGGUGGACGCAUCCCCUCUCGAGCCCACCCUUCGCCAACCUGCUGCCGGCAGCGAACCGUUCCGGCUCGAGUCCUCUGGCACGAUUGCACCGGCUCCAUCUGUUCAAGAAGUCAAACCAGAAGCCAUCCCAACCGCCCUGUCGAGCAAAGCGGUGCCAAGCAAGGAGGGGACAGCGACGACGACGACGGUCAUUCCGAUAUCAGCUUCGGAACCUGUCUCUGCGGCGAAUGGGCUGACUGCCGUAGUACCGCCACCGACAGCAGCUAUGGACGGGCCUACUCUUCCUAUUGACUGUGUGGUUCCGAGCGUACCCAGCGUACCCAGCGUACCCAGCGUACCCAGCGUACCCAGCGUACCCAGCGUACCCAGCGUUCCUCGUGUCCCCAAUGAACCUGCUGCCCUCGUCGAGGAAGCGUCACCGCCCAAGCUUGUGACCAAGGAUGUCAGCUCAAGCCAGGAUCAAUCGGACCCUCAGCAGAGGCGCACGUCGGGCCGAGCACGCAGGGCUCCGGAGAUGGCAGCAGGCCAGAUUCCGUACAAGGGAAGCUUGGUAAAGCUGGCUGCUCAGCGAGCCAAAGGGGCCAAAGGCGGUCAAGCGGGCGCUUAUUCCCCUACCUCUGCAGGGACAGCAUCGCCAGACCCCCGACAUCAGAGUCCCAAAUCGGCACCUCGAUACGGUCUCGUCGAAAAUGCGCCUGCAGACACUGCUCAAGCUCCAGAGCACACUCAUGCGCUCGAGCCUAGUAGCUUGGCCGGGCAGAGCGUCACCAGUCCUCUCGGGAACGGCAAGAAUGGCGCAGGACUUGACACGCAGCUUGCCGAAGUAAUAUCAACCAGCAUCGAGGCUGACGAAGAUGUGGCUAUGAUGGACUCCGCUGUUCGUCCUAGCAGCACGAGUGCAGCCGGCACCCCGAUGGACGUCGACGCGUGA